UUAAAAUAAGCGCCGUAGCAAUUCCUCUCUGUCUGAUUCAGAGAAUGAUGUGUUGUUUCUGCUUGUGCUUAUGUUUAUUUUUGCGUUGUUAGUAAAAUGGCGUGUUCGGAUCGGUCACGAUUGGUCGGCGUCGGUCAUGUGACCGUGACGUCAAUGCCAAACAGACAAAGGCAGAGAAUCUAACUGGUUGUUGACGAGUGUUGGUGUCUGUCACGUACGCCUUUAGUGCAUCUCUUGUAUGGAGAUUUCAAUAUAAAAUUGCUUGAGGAGAAGCAGUUGGUGUUAAGUAAAGCGUACAAAGUUGUUUUUGGGUCAUUUUUGCAACUCCGCGCAAGAUGUCAUCAUCAAAAUCGAGUUUAGAUGACCUUUUGGGAGAGUCUUGGGUUGACGUAAGUGCUGGUUCGACGUGCUCCCAAGGCGGCGGGACCCCGGCUUCCAUCACCCAUCAACUCAACGUCGAGGACUACCUGCGCCUCUUGAGGGAGGCGCAGCGCGAGUCGAACCAGUCCUCGGCCCGGGUCUCGCUGGCCGGAUCGCGGAGAGACUCGCCCCGAAGUAGCCCCAAGUCGCCCCCGAAUAGCCCCGUGCAGGGCACCCCGCUGAACCUCGAGUGGCAAUCGUACUACAUGAACUCUGAAGCCAAAGAUGAUGGAGAUUUUUUCAACGACUGGAGCAGUCGGCCUGAUCAGCUGCCCCCAAAGAACUGGUGCUUUCGGCCGCCUAAGAGGGAUAUGCUGAGCAUUCGCUAUGCACGUGUGGGGAAUACCAGUGUCUUCUCACGCAAGGGAUUGUGCACGUUGUUUUUAACCAAUCUGAUAUCACUCAUUCUGGGAACCGGGGUUGGACUAUGGCUUAGCAAACAUGGAUUUUUCGUACCGGCCGUCAAAGUCCGCUAAUUCGCCGAGUUAUGGCAGAGGAGGGUGUUUGACCGCUAUUUUAUAUGCCUAUGUGAUUAUUUUCUAUAUUGUGGCUUGUGAAUGCUGCCUUGUGAAUGAGACUGGAAUUUUCUACAACACAUGAGCCUUCACGUUUAAGGCUACUUUGUAUUUCGUUCUAAUUAUUUCAUGUCUGAAUUUUAUACAUGUACUCUUAGGUUUACUUGGUUUGUGCUUUUUUCCUAAAACUCAGGUUAGGAAAACUAAGCACUUGUGAUUUGUGCCGGUCUGAACAUGGUGCUAUUAUUCUUCCACUCAACAAAUACAGUUUUUUUUUAUCAAAGCAAUAAGUAGAGUACAAAACAUCACUGACCAAACCUAUUUAGUGAUAAUAGAUGCACACUCCAUAUGCCACUACAUUGUGGUAUUGUAUGUAAAUUCGUGGAACAAUAAUAGCGCUGUCAUAAUUUUAUAAUCAACCAAUUAGAGACUACUAUAAAUUAACUUUGUUGUCCUGGUGGGGUGUAUUGCCAUGUUAUGUUUGAUAUUUUUUAUAACUUGUUUAUUUUCGGCUCUGCCAGUGUAACUCAAAUAAUCGAUUUAGUUCUCUGGUUUAGCUAGAAUGGACUAUGAGUAACUUUAAUCUAGAUCUUAGAUUUAAUAAUACACUAUUUGUGUUUGAAUAAUCACAAAUAAAUUUUUUAUCAGU